GCCGGUGGACAUAAAACCGCGGUGCUCUGACUGACGCGGUGGGUGCAGUCUGUGUGCCUGGCGUCUGAUCCUCCCAAGAAACAUCCACAUCCACUUUUACCCUACCCGCGAGCACAGAGCGGCAGAUACGCCGAUUUUUCGGCGACUUUCACCUCUGAGGAGCUGCAUGUCUAAUCUUUAGAUAUGUUCAGAUUAGUGGAUUCACGGACUCUCCUGCUACUUGUAGCAUCACAUUGUAUUUUGGUAUCCCUUGUCAGAUGCCAACAAGAAGAAGAACAGGACAUGUUAGGCGGCUGCAUCCAAGAUGGCCAGCAGUAUGCAGACCGUGACGUAUGGAAGUCGGAAGCGUGCCGCGUCUGCGUGUGCGACUCGGGGGCAGUACUGUGUGACGAGGUCAUCUGUGAGGACCUGAGAGACUGUGCCAAUCCCAUCAUUCCACCUGGAGAGUGCUGUCCCAUCUGCCCAGCUGAUACUGACGAACCUAUUGGGUCGAUUGGUGCAAAGGGACAAAAAGGAGAACCAGGUGAUAUUGCUGAUGUUGUAGGACCAAGAGGACCCGCUGGCCCAAUGGGACCCCCAGGAGAGCAGGGACCACGUGGCGAGAGAGGAGAUAAGGGUGAGAAGGGAAAUCUUGGCCCAAGAGGAAGAGAUGGUGAGCCUGGUACACCUGGUAACCCUGGACCCCCUGGUCCAGCUGGACCACCAGGACCAAAUGGACUUGGAGGAAACUUUGCUGCUCAGAUGGCUGGUGGUUUUGAUGAGAAGGCAGGAGGUGCUCAGAUUGGUGUGAUGCAGGGACCAAUGGGUCCAAUGGGUCCCCGUGGUCCUCCCGGCCCCUCUGGAGCUCCUGGCCCACAAGGUUUCCAAGGCAACCCUGGAGAGACUGGUGAACCCGGCCCUGCUGGUGCCCUUGGACCCCGUGGCCCACCAGGGCCUCCUGGAAAACCCGGAAGUGAUGGUGAGGCUGGAAAGCCUGGUAAGGCUGGUGAACGUGGAGGCCCAGGCCCUCAAGGAGCUCGUGGAUUUCCUGGAACCCCUGGCCUUCCUGGCAUCAAGGGACACAGAGGACACCCAGGUAUUGAUGGAGCUAAAGGAGAGAGCGGUGCUGCAGGUGCUAAGGGUGAAUCAGGUUCUUCUGGUGAGAAUGGUGCCCCUGGACCAAUGGGUCCACGUGGUCUGCCUGGUGAGAGAGGUCGUCCUGGAGCACCUGGUUCUGCUGGUGCUCGUGGUAAUGAUGGUCUGCCCGGUCCUGCUGGUCCUCCUGGCCCUGUUGGUCCUGCCGGUGCUCCAGGUUUCCCAGGAUCCCCUGGUGCUAAGGGAGAAGCUGGUCCUACUGGUGCUCGCGGACCUGAGGGUGCACAAGGACCCCGUGGAGAGGGUGGUACACCUGGAUCACCUGGGCCCUCUGGAGCUUCUGGUAAUCCUGGUACUGAUGGUAUUCCUGGAGCCAAAGGAUCUGCUGGUGGUCCUGGUAUUGCUGGUGCCCCAGGUUUCCCAGGACCCCGUGGCCCACCAGGACCUCAGGGAGCUACUGGACCUCUUGGACCUAAAGGCCAGUCUGGAGACCCCGGUAUCCCAGGAUUUAAAGGAGAGGCUGGACCCAAGGGAGAGCGUGGUGUUGUAGGACCUCAGGGUGCCCCUGGGCCCUCUGGAGAGGAAGGCAAGAGGGGACCAAGAGGAGAACCUGGUUCUGCUGGACCUUUGGGACCUCCUGGAGAGAGAGGAUCUCCAGGUAACCGUGGAUUUCCUGGUCAGGAUGGUCUAGCUGGAGCAAAGGGUGCACCUGGUGAUCGUGGUGUUCCAGGUGUGACUGGACCAAAAGGAUCAACUGGAGAUCCUGGCCGCACUGGGGAGUCUGGUCUGCCUGGGGCCAGGGGUCUCACUGGUCGCCCCGGUGAUGCUGGACCCCAAGGAAAAGUUGGAGCAUCUGGCGCCUCUGGUGAUGAUGGUCGUCCUGGUCCUCCUGGCCCUCUGGGAGCUCGUGGUCAGCCUGGUGUCAUGGGAUUCCCCGGUCCCAAGGGAGCCAAUGGUGAACCUGGAAAAACUGGAGAGAAAGGACUUGUUGGACGCCCCGGUCUUAGGGGUUUGCCUGGGAAAGAUGGAGAGACUGGACCUACUGGCCCAUCUGGCCCUCCUGGUGUUGCUGGUGAGAGAGGAGAGCAGGGUCAGCCUGGUCCUUCUGGCUUCCAGGGUCUACCUGGACCAACUGGUGCCCCCGGAGAGCCUGGUAAACCAGGUGACCAGGGUGUUCCUGGAGAGGGUGGUGCUGCGGGUCUCACUGGACCGAGAGGUGAACGUGGUUUCCCUGGAGAGAGAGGAGGUUCUGGCCCUCAGGGUCUCCAGGGACCCAGGGGUCUUCCAGGAACUCCCGGAACUGAUGGACCCAAAGGUGCAAUUGGACCAGCAGGAGUUGUUGGAGCUCUGGGCCCUCCCGGUCUGCAGGGAAUGCCUGGCGAGAGAGGAGCUUCUGGAAUCGCUGGACCUAAAGGUGACAGAGGUGACAGUGGAGAGAAAGGACCUGAAGGUGCUCCUGGCAAAGAUGGUUCAAGAGGUUUAACUGGUCCGAUUGGUCCACCUGGUCCUUCUGGCCCCAAUGGCGCAAAGGGUGAAACUGGUGCAAUUGGACCAAAUGGUGCUACUGGUACUCGUGGUGCCCCAGGUGAUCGUGGUGAGGUUGGUCCACCUGGACCUGCUGGCUUUGCUGGACCUCCUGGUUCUGAUGGCCAGCCUGGAAUUAAGGGAGAACAGGGUGAGUCAGGACAGAAGGGUGAUUCUGGAGCCCCUGGACCUCAGGGACCAUCCGGAGCACCCGGCCCAGUGGGCCCAACUGGUGUUACAGGAACUAAGGGAGCACGCGGAGCCCAAGGAGCCCCUGGGUCCACUGGUUUCCCAGGUGCUGCAGGAAGAGUUGGACCACCUGGCCCCAAUGGUAAUCCUGGUUCUGCUGGCCCUGCAGGUCCUGCAGGUAAAGAUGGUCCCAAGGGAGUUCGUGGUGAUGCUGGUCCUCCAGGAAGACCAGGAGAUGCUGGACUGCGUGGACUUUCUGGUGCCCCUGGAGAGAAGGGAGAGGCUGGAGCAGAUGGUCCUCCUGGUCCUAUUGGUCCUUCCGGUCCUGCUGGACUCGGUGGUCAGCGUGGUAUUGUUGGUUUGCCUGGUCAGCGUGGUGAAAGAGGUUUCUCAGGUCUUCCAGGACCCUCUGGUGAGCCUGGCAAACAGGGAGCUCCUGGUGGUUCUGGUGACCGUGGAGCUCCUGGCCCUGUUGGACCUCCUGGAUUAACUGGACCUGCUGGAGAGCCUGGACGUGAGGGUAGUGCUGGUUCUGAUGGUCCACCUGGUAGAGAUGGUGCUCCUGGUGUGAAGGGUGAGCGUGGUAAUACUGGCCCUAUUGGAUCUCCUGGAUCUCCUGGUGCCCCAGGUGCUCCAGGUUCCGUUGGCCCAAUUGGCAAACAGGGAGACAGAGGAGAGAAUGGUCCACAAGGACCAUCUGGACCCCCUGGAGCUGCUGGAGCUAGAGGCAUGGUUGGACCCCAAGGACCUCGUGGUGAUAAGGGUGAGUCUGGAGAAACUGGAGAAAGAGGACUGAAGGGACACAGAGGAUUCACCGGUCUGCAGGGUCUGCCUGGACCUCCUGGUUCUCCUGGAGACCAGGGUGCUGCUGGACCUGCUGGACCAAGUGGAGCUAAGGGACCUUCUGGGCCUGUUGGACCAGCUGGUAAAGAUGGAUCUAAUGGUCAGCCUGGACCCAUUGGACCACCUGGGCCUCGUGGACGUUCUGGAGAGAGUGGCCCAUCUGGUCCACCUGGUAACCCUGGACCCCCUGGUCCUCCUGGUCCCCCAGGCCCUGGCAUUGACAUGUCUGCCUUUGCUGGGUUGUCUCAGCCCGAGAAGGGACCUGAUCCUCUGCGUUACAUGCGUGCUGAUGAGGCCUCCAGCUCUCUCAGACAACAUGAUGUGGAAGUGGAUGCUACACUGAAGUCAAUCAACAGCCAGAUCGAGGACAUCCGCAGCCCUGAUGGCUCCCGGAAGAACCCUGCAAGAUCCUGCCAAGACCUGCAACUCUGCCACCCAGAAUGGAAGAGCGGUGACUACUGGGUAGAUCCUAACCUUGGCAGCAGUGCUGAUGCCAUCAAAGUCUUCUGCAACAUGGAGACUGGAGAGACCUGUGUGAAGCCCAGCACUCCCAAAAUCCCACGCAAGAACUGGUGGAGCAGCAAGAGCAAGACACAAAAGCAUGUGUGGUUCGGAGAGAGCAUGAAUGGUGGAUUCCACUUCAGCUAUUCUGAAAAUGGCCAGACUGCUAGUUCUACCACCAUCCAGAUGAACUUCCUGAGACUGCUUUCUACUGAGGCCUCUCAGACCGUCACCUACCACUGCAAGAAUAGCGUGGCUUACAUGGAUCAAGCCACAGGAAACCUGAAGAAGGCCCUUCUGCUGCAGGGCUCCAAUGAUGUGGAGAUCAGAGCAGAGGGCAACAGCCGCUUUACAUACGGCGUCCUGGAGGAUGGCUGCAAGAAGCACACAGGUCAGUGGGCCAAGACUGUGAUUGAGUACAAAACUCAGAAGACAUCCAGGCUGCCCAUUGUGGACAUUGCUCCCAUGGACAUCGGAGGAGCAGAUCAGGAGUUUGGAGUGGACAUUGGUGCAGUCUGCUUCUUGUAAAAAAAUAAAACAUAUGUGGAUUAAAUAAGACAUGGAAAAAUACCAAUGAUGAGCAAUAACCGUGAAGAUGCAAUACACACUCCAAAUAAUGAAAUACGGAAGAAAAGAAAUUUUAAAAUUGACGAAAGCUUUUUUUUCUCUAAAACACAAAAAGUCAUGCUGUCCACGUUUAGUGCACAGGAAACCAGCACUAAACGGGAUCAUCCCAACUAGUCUCUCCCUCUGAAAUCCAGCCAUGUUUCCCAAAAACCCUCAGAGCAGUGCCUCCUCCUGAUGGGAUCCAAGAGGGGGACGGAACGAGUGCGUACAACCAAAUGAGCAAGAUAUUAAAUGAAAGACAGAAACAUGGCUUGAUGUCAUCACAUCCUGCGGGGGUGGGUGGGUGAUGCUGUAGGGCGUUGGCUGGAUACCACAGUAGUCCCUCCCACUAAAGAAAGAAGGCCACGCCCAGUCCCACUUUACCCCUCCCUCUUGAGUGUGACUCAAAAGAAAAUAUCACAUUAUGCAAGAUUUUGUGAAAUGUUAAGCCAGAGGAGGGAAUAAGUUAAUAUUUACUAUGUAUAAUAACAAGAAAUCAUGAUUCAGUUGUUGUAAAAGUGGUGCAGCCAGAUCUAUAUAUUUUCACAAUUAUGUGUUUGUUUGUGUGUGUGUGUGAGCAUGUGCCUAUGCACACCAACAAUAUUUUAGGGGAAGUGCAGUUCCAUUUUGUUUUUUUCCCUUUUUUGUGUACAUCAACAUUUUUCCCUUGAUUGCCCAUAAAAGGAAGUUUUGGUCCCUUAACAGAAAAGCAAAAACUAAAUAUCAAAUAAAUAUGGAAACAAUUUCUAUUAUUGUUUAUUUGCAUGAUCUUCAUUUGUCAAGAAAAGCUACCUCACACAGGAAAAACGGUUAAAAUCUGGAUGUGAACAGAAGCAGCCUGGGGGUCAGGACAACACCCCGUCGUGGCUCGGUCCAUCUUCAGAAGGUGCUAUUAGUUUUGAGCUAUCAGUCAGUAUUCCCAGAAUUUCCAGACCAUCCCUCUCCCCAACUAGCCUCAUUCAACACACACCGCCUGCUCAGAGGAUGCGGAACCAAUGGACAGAGGGACUCCUUUGGGAAUGCUGAAAUUUGGCUCCCAAAGCUUCACCGCAGCACUGAGCAGGAUGUGUGUGUGCGUGAGGGUGUGUAUAUUUUUGUUAUAAUUAAUAUUAUUAUGGUCAUGAUCUUUUGUUUUUGGUUUGUUUGUUUGUCCUCUCUUUUUGGUUCUGGUUUUGUUACGAUUUUAAUUAAUGUAAAUUGAAAAUAAAAGAAAAAACAAGGAAUUAUG